GGUUAAAAUAUAUAAUAAACACAUGAGUAUAUUAUGAAAUAAACUUUUAAAGCUAAGUGGGUAUAUAUCCCACUCGCAGUACUAAUAAUAGUGGAUUAAUUAAAUAAUCUGCAUUGAAUAACCUGCAAAACAACCGUCAACCAUGUUUAAAAUUUAUCCUAAUGUUACACGAUCCCUAGUAAAAGGUUGCAUUAUAAAAAGACCUGCAUCGCAUAAUGCUGUUAAAGAGAAUGGUCUAAACUACUGUGCCAAUAUUGUAAGACAGCAUGAUUACGAGAACUAUUUGGCAACUCUACUUAUGACCAAAGCAAUUCGAUCACCAGCAUUGGUAGUUAGAGCAUUCAAUGCAGAAAUUGCUCGAAUCCAAGAUCAAACAUCAGAUCCUCAGAUUGCAUCUAUGAGAUUACAAUUUUGGCUUGAUGCUCUCGGUACAAUAUACAAAAAGAAUGAAGACUUGUCUGGUAUCCCAGCAAACCCUGUUGCUCAAGAAUUGUUUAAAGUGUGUAAAAGUUAUAAGCUACCACAAAUGUAUUUAGAAAGAUUGAUAUCAUCUAGGAGUAGUUUACUGAAAAUUAAAUACUUUCGCACUGUUGAGGAUAUAGAAAAACACUCAGAAAACUCUGUUUCAUCAGUCUACUACCUUCUUCUUAGUAUAGCUGGAAUAACCAAUGUACAUGCAGACCAUGCUGCAUCACAUUUAGGUAAAGCUCAGGGGAUAGCAAACAUAUUGAGAUCUAUUCAUGUAUCCAAUCACCAAAAGGUUGUUUCUUUACCAAUGGAUAUUUUAAUGAAAUACAAAAUAAGCCAAGAAUCAAUAUUGAGGGGCAUAGAUAAUGAAGAUAUGAGGAAUGUUGUUUUUGAAGUUGCAAGUAGAGCAAAUAACCAUUUACAAAAAGCCAGAGCUAUUAAAGUACCAAAAAUAGUCCACCAAAUACUUUUACCAGCAACUGCAGUAGAAAAUUAUCUUAAGAAGCUCCAGAAAAUUAAUUUUAAUAUUUAUGAUUUAUCCUUGCAAAAGAGAAACCCAACAUUACCUUUUCAUUUAUAUUAUAAAAGGCUUUUAAACAAAUAUUAAUGUCAAUGUUAUAUUUCUAUAUGAUACGGUUAAUGAAUUGUUUUAUGUUUAUAUAAAUUGUUGAAGUAAACAGCAACAUAUUAUCCAAUCAUUGUGUAAAGAAGAACACAAAAUAAUAUUGUAGAAAAAUAGGAAAAUAUUUGGUCACUAAAACUUGUUUUUUAUUGACUAAAGGAAAAUAAAAACACAUUUACAAGAAACAAUAAUUGCACUUUUACUUCAAGCUUAUUCAUGCAAAUAAAUAAUAACAUUUGAGAUUCAAGCAUUUUGGCAACUUGAGUAGCUAAAAUUCUACAGUAGUAUAUUAUGAAAUUGUAAAACUUUACACUGGAAAAACAAAUUAUCACUGUUUACCAUACCAUACCUUAAUAUCUCAACACAAUGCAUUUAUUAUUCUAUGAACUGAAUUGAAAACAUUUUUUGCCUAAUUAUUAAGUUGUUUUCAUUGAGGAAUAAUAUUUUUUACUAUUUCUGUUGGUGAGAUUUUGCUCAUAACAACCCUUUAUGAUAUCUUUCAAUGUCUUUUGUUAAAUUCAACCUUUGGUAAAAUUAAUUCUUUGGUUAAAUGACAAUUCACUCUGUGAAAAGUUUUAGAGAAGUAAAAUUUAUAAGCAAAUAUUAUUUGUCUUUUAUGUACUUGAGAUAUUCAUAAAUUUAUUUUAUCAAAUUCAAAUUCAAUCAUAGUAUGUUUACAAACAUAUUCAGUUACAUAUAUACCAAGAAUAAUUAAUAUAAUAUUAAGUACAUAACCCUGUCAAUACAAGUUAAUUUUUCAGUAAGGUUAAUUACAUGGCAGUUUUUCUUGAUAACAAUAAAUAUUUUAAUUCUGAUAACUGACCCAAUAGCUAAUUGUUCCUAAAUCAAUACAUGUUAAAACAAAUAUGAAAUAAUAACACUUUGUAAAAUACUUAAUAUGAAAUGAGUUUCCAUAGGUGUUGAAAAACCAUCUUUGCAAAAUAUUAAUAUGCAGCUUUUUUGUUCAUAAAAAAUGUUGCAUAUUAAGCCAAAUCCAUAUACUGCAUUACCAUAUUCAGUAAUAAUGAGUCUUGUAAUAAAAAACCUUACAUGAAGUGACAUACAUGUAAAUUCUAA